AUGUCUUCCCCCGCCGUGAGCAAAGCACCCCCCAAGUUGGGCUCUAAGGCCGGAACCCCCGCCAAAGGCCGCAAAGCCUCCGGCUCCAGCGCAGCGAGCAAACCCAGCACUGCCGCCGCCGCAAGCCCCAAACCCGCGAAGAAGACAACCACACCGCGAAAACUCUCCCAAAAAGCCCCCGAACCAGUCGACGACGACAUCGAAGAGCAAUCUAUCCCAGAAACUCCCUCCCCGAAGUCGAAGAAGCGCACCGAGCAGCGCCGCCCCAUCUCCCCACACGACGACGCCGCCUCCCAAGCCCCUUCCGCCUCCAGCUCCGCAGCCCCACAUGGUCGCGCCACCUCCGGCUUAACUGGCAAGGCUAAGGGCCUCGCUGGUAAGACGAAGGACACAGCUGAGCAACCUUCCGAGAGCGUUCAGAAUGGCGCCAAAGAUGCCACACAGACUGCCACCGAUAACCUGCCUGUGCCGUUUGACCUUUCUGCAUUGAAGGGUCUUGAGGUCGCCGAGGGUGGGAAUAUCCUUGGACAGGAUGGAAACCCCAUUGGCAAGGUUGUCGAGGGGGAUGCUGAGGAUCUUGUCGGAGAGACUGUUGGCGAUGACGGGGAGAUUGUCGAUGAGGAGGGCGAUCUGAUUGGUCGCGUUGAUAUCCUGCACGAGGUCGCGGACCAGGCUAAGAAUGCCGCCGAUGACGCUCAGGACAACGUUGGCGAGGUUGACCUCGAGAAUGUUGUUACGGAUCUCGCUCAGCUUGAAGGUCUUCCUGUUUCUGAUGGCGGUGUUAUCAAGAACGCUGCUGGUCAGAUCGUCGGCCGCAUUGUUGAAGGUGACCCAGAAGAUCUUAUUGGGUAUACCCUCAAUGAAGAUGGUGAGAUUGUCGAUGAAGAGGGCGAUGCCAUUGGCCGUGUUGAUCUGAUUCCUGUUGAGGAGCAGAAGAAGGCCAUUGAAGAAGCUGCCGGUGAUGCCACUGACAAGGUCGGUGGCGCCGAGGACGAUCUUGAGGAUCAAUACGAAGAUGCUCAGGGUGGUCUCUCCACCGAACAGGCCAAGAGUGCUGUUGAUGGCGUCGCCGAUGAGGUAGACGACGAUGCCAAGGACACCGCCGAAGAUGGCAAGAUCGACCUUGAAGACAAUGUCGAAGACGCCAAAGAUACCGCCGAAGACGCUGGUGAAGACGCCACUGAUACCCUCGAUGAGAAGGUUGAAGGUGCCAAAGACACUGCCGAAGACACCGCAGAGGAGGCCAAGGACACCGCCGAAGACGCGGCUGAAGAUGCCAAGGAGACUGCCGAGGACGCUGCCGAAGAUGUCGAGCAACAGAUCCCCGGCCUCGAGACCCUCGAAGGCUUGGUCUGCAACAAGCUCGGCUACAUCAUCGAUGAAGCCACCGGCAAGCCUGUUGGUCAACUUACCGAAGGCGACCCCAAGAAACUGUCUAAGCUCGGCGCAACACUCGACGACAAGGGCCAGUUCUGGGACAACCGCGGAAACGUGAUCGGCCAAGCCAAGGCGCUCCCGAUCGAGGAGGACGAAGGCGAAGAAGGCCCCUUCUCCGGUCUUGAAGGCCUCGUCGUCGGCGAAGACGGCUUUGUCGAAGAUGAGAACUCGACUCGCGUUGGCCGCUUAAUCGAAGGCGACGCGAAGAAGCUGAGCGGCCGUGGCGUUGACGAGGAUGGUGAAAUCCUCGACCGUAAGGGUAACGUUAUUGGGCGCGCUGAGCGCCUCGAACCCGAGGAGGAGCCUGAGGAAGAGGCUGGACCUGAUUUCUCUGCUGUCAAUGGCCUCACCUGUAAUAAGGCUGGCUAUGUUAUCGGACCCGACGGGUACCCGAUUGCCCGUGUUGUCGAGGGUAACCCUAAGGAGCUUGCCGGUAAGAAGAUCGAGGAUGGCGAGAUCUACGACGGAAAGAAGGUCGUCGGUCGUGUUGAGCUUAUUCCUGAGGAUGAGCUCGAGAGCAAGCCGGAGGGUCCCUUCGCUGGUAUGGAGAGCCUCUUUGUGACUAAGGAUGGAUUCGUCGAGGAUGAUGAGGGAUCUAUUGUUGGUAAGCUUAUCGAAGGUGACGCUAAGAAGCUUCGUGGUCGUGCUGUCGACGAGGACGGCGAGAUCACCGAUAAGUACGGCAAUGUUAAGGGUCGUGCUGAGCCCUACGAGGCUCCCGAGGAGGAGGCCCCUGCUGAGGAAGACCUAUCUAUCCUCGAGGGUAAGGUUGUCAAUAAGUCUGGCAACGUUGUUGACCCCGCCACCGGUGCUGUCGUUGGACGUAUUGUCGAAGGUGACAAGCGCCUCGCUGGAUGUAAGGUCGACGGCCUAGGCCAGAUCUGGGGCGAUAACGGCAAGGUUGUUGGACGCGCCGAGCUUAUUCCCGGUGCUGAACAGCAUAAGGCCGAAGGAUCAUUCUACGGUUUCGAUAACGCUGUCGUCGGCAAGGACGGAGUCGUUCAGGACGGCGAGAAGAUCAUCGGACGUCUGAUCGAAGGCGACGCUAAGCGCCUUCUCGGCCGUAAGGUUGACGAGGAGGGUGAUGUUCUCGAUAAGAACGGCAACACGAUCGGUAAGGCCGAGCGCUGGGAGCCCGAGGAGAAGAAGCGUGAUGUCAACCCCAUGUCUGGGCGCAAGAUCAAUAAGGAGGGUGAAGUCCGCGAUGCGGACGGCAACCUCAUUGGAAAGCUGACUUCGGGUAACCUCGCCACGCUGGUCGGCAAGGCUAUUGAUGAUAACGGCUAUGUUGUUGACAAUGAUGGCAACAAGAUUGGUGAAUGCACCUUGCUCGAGAACAUCCCCGAGCCCGAGGAGGAGGAAGAGGAAGGCCUAACAGCCGAAGAGCAGGAGGUUGCGGCGAAAGCCGAGUCCGACCGCCAGCUCGCCGAAAAGAUGAUCUCCAUCCUCAGCCAGACUCUUGAUCGAGUCAAGCCUGUCUGCAAGCAGAUCACAGAGGCCUGCGAGAAAGCCGACCGCACCUCGAAGGAGGAGCUUGAUGAGGAGAAGCUUGUUCAAACCGUCAAGCCGCUCCUCGAAGAAGGCGGCCGCAUUCUGCAAGAGUGCAACGGAGCCAUCCGCGCACUCGACCCCGAUGGACGCAUUGCUGCUACCGCAAAAGCGCGCGCUGCUUCCCGCGAUGCCACUCCCGAGGAGUAUCAACUUGCCGACAUGAUCAAGGAGCUCACUGAGACGGUUAUCAAGACUAUUGACAACGGCAAGAAACGCAUCUCUGAUAUGCCUCACGCCAAGAAGAAGCUGAACCCCCUCUGGGGUUUGCUCUCUGAGCCCUUGUUCCAGAUCAUCGCUGCCGUUGGCUUGUUGCUUACCGGUGUCCUUGGGCUGGUUGGUCGUCUGCUUGAUGGUCUUGGUCUUGGUGGACUGUUGAAUGGUAUCCUUGGCAGUCUUGGAUUGGACAAGUUGAUUAAUGGACUUGGUCUGGGAGGUUUGACUGAUUCUCUUGGACUUGGUGGAAAGAAAUGA